AUGUCAAUUUGCAAUUUGCUUUUUAAUUUUGUUUUUGCCUCUUUGAAAAUCCUUAGAGAAAUCAAAUAUGAAUUAUUUGUAAAUUAAUUAUUUAUUAUUGUUUUGGGUGUUGGUGGGCGUAAUUUAGAUAACUAUCUUUUGAUUUGUUUAUGAUUGAAUUAAUGUAGGCCGUAGGUACAUAAAGUUAAUAAGACAAAUAUAUUUAAGCGCAAAAAUGAGUACUAUGGACGAAAUUGAAGAAGAAUCGAAGGCAGCGGCUGAAAAGAUGGUGAUGAAUAUGAUGCAGAGACCAGGGCAGUUGGAGAAAGUCGAGCAAUACAAGAAGAGAAUAACCCAUAAGAAAGCAUCUAUUGAAGCACAACUCAAGUCAGCUGUUCAAGGAAAACUGGAUGGAGUCAGUGUUGGCUUGAGACAAUUACAGGAAUGUCUGGAUGAUGUGCAUCAAAUUGAUUUAAAGAUGGAUGAAUUAGAAGAAUUAUUAAGAAGUGUUCCACCCCUUGUAGCCUCCCUUCAGGCUGUUCGAGAAGAAGAUUCUCGUCAUUCGCAAUAUGUGACAGCUAUGGACAGCUUGAAACACAUUUUUACAGUACCGGAAAGUGUUGCCAAAACCAACCAAUGGAUUGGUGAGGGGAAACUUCUACAUGCCCAUCAGUGUCUUAGUGAUUUGGAGAAUUCAAGAGAUGAUCUACUGUAUGAGCUACACAGAUUACCAAAUCAGUCCUCUCAUGAUAAAAUUAUGCUCAAAGCUUACUUUGAGGAUGUCGAGGCAGUCUCCAAUUUGCUAGAAAAGCAGAUCAAACUUAUUUUAGAGAGAACUUUGAACACUGUACGAAAGGAGCCGACGGUCAUUGUUACAGCUCUUAGAAUUAUUGAGAGGGAAGAGAAAAGAGAUCAGAUGGCGCUUCAGCAACAAGACCAAUCAGGCUUUAUGCCACCUGGAAGACCUAAGAACUGGCGUACGAAAGCUUUUGAAGUAUUAGAGCGCGUCACCGCUCAACGCGUGGAGGGCACUCGCGUCGAUGAACGCGAGGAUAACAAGUUAUGGCUUAUACGAUAUCUGGAAUUGACAAGGCAACUUAUUCUAGAAGAUCUGAUGGUGGUUAAGACUUUAUGCGUUCCAUGCUUCCCGCCCCAUUACGACAUCGUCAAUAAAUACGUCAAUAUGUAUCACACCUGCUUAUCCACUAGUUUACAAGAAAUAGUCCAGACCGGUUUAGAAGGUAAUGAGUAUGUGACUUUGUUAUCAUGGAUUCUGAACACAUAUCCUGGUCCUGAGUUAAUGGGCAGCCCCAAGGUCAAUGUGGAUGUUUCCACUCUGCCACCACUACUGACUGAUGAGAUAAUGCAGAAGUUACAGGAUGAAUAUUUACAGAAAAUGGAGUCGAACUACAUGGAAUGGAUGGAGAAGACGCUAGAGUCGGAGCGCGCGGAGUGGGCCGGCGAGCGCUCGCCCGAGGUGGAGCCGCACACCAACGCCUUCCACACGCACGCGCCCGUCAUUAUCUUCCAGAUGAUCGACCAGAACUUGCAGGUAACGGAAACUAUAAGCAAAGAAAUCACAUUCAAGGCCCUCUUGCUGAGUGUUGAUCAGGUCACGCGCUAUGGGAACAUGUAUAGAGAAGGAGUUAUACAGUUUAAGAACGCCCACUUCGCGGACCGAUCGCGCGUGGCGUACUUCACACACCACAUGAUCACCAUCGUCAACAACUGCGAGCAAAUGGUGCGCCUCGCGCAGCAGACGCAGACGCGGCGCUGGCCGCCCGCCAAGCACCACCCGCCCGCCGAGCGCAGCUUCGAGCGCCUGCUGCACACUUUCCAGACAUUAAGAGAUGAAGCAGCAAAAUUUCUGUUGGAAGAAGCUUUUCUAGAUUUGGAAGAACAUUUCGACGAUUUAUUUACUAUCAAAUGGAUGACUUCAACUAUACCAGUCGACACAAUUUGUGUCACACUCGAAGACUAUUUCCAAGACUAUAACCAUUUAAGGGAAAAGAACUUCGAGUAUGUGAUAAACGAGGCUCAGAAUCUUGUAUACAAAAAGUAUAUAACCGCAAUGCUGUCAAAGAAAGUAACUUUCAAGACGGUAGAAGAAGCUCAGCAAGCUGCCACUAAAAUUGUGAAGGAAGCCAAUCAAAUUAGAUCAUUCUUCAGAAAAAUAGCGUUGCACGCGGAGGGUGUCAAUGUGGAUUGGCCGUUUGAAGUUAUGGGUGUUUUAGCUGAGGUGCUACGGUGUCAGGACAUCGAGAUGCUGUCGCUGGACCUGCACGGGCUGCUGGAGAAGUGCCCGGACGUGUCGGAGGAGCAGCUGGUGCGCCUGCUGGCGCUGCGUGGCGACGUGCCGCGCGCGCACGUGCGCGACACCGUGGCGCACGUGCGCGCCUCGCGCCAAGCACCGCGCGCGCCGCCGCACCCCGGUGCGCCGCAACUCUUCAAAAACAUCAUCUUUAACGAUAGACUUCUUUCCCACUUCACCCUAUAGUUUGAAUAAAAACUUCGAAUUUCGA